CUCAACUAGCAAAUAGGCAAGUUUUUAUAUUGAUAGUUGAAGUUGCUGAUACUAUUUUAUUUCAUUUUUUAUUUGAACGUUAAUAAAUUUUUGAAUGUGAAUAUAUUUCAUAAUGGAAAGAAAGUUAUUUAAUAACAAAAAAUCAAAAUCGUUUUCACGGACAAGAUGGCCAAUAUUUGAGUAUCGAUCAUUUUUACUGGCUAUUGGAGUCGUUUGUUUGGUCGCUCCAUCUAAUGCAGGUCUUGGAAUCGUUCUACAAAAUGUACCAACAAACAAGUGUACGAGUGACGCCUGUAAUCUCGAGCGCGCAGAAAUCGCCGCAAAAAUUGCAAAGUACCAGGACACGAGUGUCAAACCUUGUGACAACUUUUUCCGAUUUGUUUGCGGUAACUACAAAAAAUCUGAAAGCUCUGAUAUGGAACACUUUAACCAACUCUUGAAAAAAAUUCACGUAGAAGAUUUAAUUAAGAAAAGUGAUAGUUAUUCUAAAUCUUAUCAACUAGUUGAUGAUCUGUACAAAACAUGUAUGAAUAGAAAUGCCAUCGGAGAGCAAGCUUUAGCUCUAAUGAAAAAGAAUAUAAAUAAUUUGUGCAGUUGGCCAAUUUUUAAAUCUGAUGAAUCAGCAAAAAUGAAGUUUGAUUGGAUUGAAUUUUCUGGCAACGCUAAAAAAGCUGGAUACGAUAUUAACUUUUUCUUAGAUUUUAAACCUGAGCCUACAUACAAUGGUCAGAACAGUUCUUUAAGAUAUUCCAUUCAAAUGGCUCCGUCUUAUUUCGAUGAUGCUGUGACUCUAAAUACUACCGCGCAAAAACAAAUUUACGUUAAAUUUCUAGCUAAUGUAACACGCCUCCUUGGUGAUGACAUAAGUGACAUAGUACAGAAAGUUUAUGAUUUCGAAAAUAAACUGUCUGAAAUAACUUCUCGAAGUGGUCCAUAUUAUACUGAAGAUAUAAGUAUUGAAAAAUUGAAAAAACAAUGGCCAAACAUCAAUUGGAAUAGAUUUGUUGAUAAACUUUUAAUGCCUUUUGUGGAUGACGGUGAAAAACCAACUUUUACUGUCUGGAAUACUACUGCCCUUACGAAAUUUGCAAAACUAAUAGAAAAAACUCCAAAAAAUGUGCAAGCUCAUUAUGCCAUUUGGAAAAUAAUUCAAUACUCAAUUCCUUUUUUGCCUGAGAAAUUCAGAAUAGAGCAAAAAAUGUUUUAUGAUCAAAUAGGUUACCCAUUAGAAUCGCGGAAGGUUUACUGCAAUAAUGCUGUCAGAAGUUAUGCUGAAAAUGCGGUCCAGUAUUUGUACUUGGACCAGUACAAAAGCAGCCAUAAUACUAUUAGAAGUAUGACGAACUCGAUUAAGAAGGAAAUGAUUAAAAUUAUUGAGAAAUCUGAAUUAUUAAAUGAUGAGGAUAAAAAGGAAGGAGUUGAAAUUCUUAAGGAAAUGGAAGUUACUAUUGGGUCAUCAGAUUUACUGUCCAAUCUGAAAGCAUUGGAAACAUUCUACGCAGAUGCUCAAGUUGUUAAAGAUAAUUAUUUACAGACUAUUUUGAAUUUGAAUGUUUUCAAAGUAAAAAAGGAGUUAAGUAAUAAAAUAUACAAGAAAUGGUUCCAAUAUUUUGUAAAAAAAAUUAGCGGCCCCGGAUUCCCGAUUAAUUAUAUUAAUCAAUUGUAUAUACCAAUAAGUAUGAUACAGAGCUCAUUAUUUGACAACAAUCGGCCAAUGUACAUGAAUUUUGGUGCAAGUGGAUCAUCUAUUGCUCGUGAAAUGUUUAUGAGCUUAUUUCACCUAGGUAGAAAUUGGACCGAUGUGGGAGAAGAAUAUCCAAACCCUCAAUUCGAAUGUUUUCUACGCCAAAUAGAAGACAUAACGGAAAUCUCAUUUCAUAAAUCUAUGAGUCGUCAAUUUGUCAAACAGUCAAUUGCUCAGUACGUAGGAUUCCUUGCUACGUAUGCUGCUUAUAAAGACUAUGUGGCUAAAUCCGGUCCAGAAUUGAAAUUACCCCAGUUACCUUACAAACCUGAACAAUUAUUUUGGAUUUCUCACGCUCACUCAUUUUGUUUUGGCAAUGAAUAUCCACAUCAUGAACGUAUAUACGGAAACAAUCAAUUCAAUAGAGUCGAAUAUAUGAUCAUGAAAAUUUAUUCAAAUGUACCAGAAUUUUUAGCCGACUUCCAGUGCCCAGUAGGUUCUGAAAAAACCCUAAAGAAUAAAUGUACCUGGUGGUAAUUUAGUUAAAAAUAAUUAAAUGUUUAUUAUAAUUAGCGUAAAUAUAUGAUUUUGCUUAUUGUAUUUAGCUGUAAACUAUUUAUUAAUAUUGAAAAAUUUAUAAUUAGUAAAACUAUCAUAAAGAAAACGGAUAAAUUUAAUUUUAAAACGAUUACUUAUAAUUUAAAAUUAAAUUACUAUUAUAUUGUUGAUUAAGAGGUUGUACGUUCAAAAUAACAACACGAAAUUGUUUAUUACUUCACGACGUUUUGUGUCUUUAUAUUAACAUUUCUUCAGGUGCUCUACAAAGAAAUGCAAACAUAUUUUUAUACAAAUGAAAUACGACGAGUAAUCAAUAAAUGUUUUUACUCAAAGCUAAAUAAAUUUGCUAACUGACUUCAUUGGUUUAGCUGAGAAAAAAUUUCCUUUUCCCGUGGACGUUCCGGAAGAAAAAAAAAUUUCAAAAAUUUUUGUCUCGCAAUAUUUCUCAUUAUUGCACAAUAACUAUAGCUCUAUAAAAAUUUUGACUAAAAGAAACUGAAACUAGUGAUUUCAAGUUUUAAAAUACUUUUUUUUAAAAUCUC